AUGCGUCUGCUGAAAAAAGAAGUGGAAACCGACCACGGGGUCAAAACAAUGAAGACAGCACUUUUAGAAGCGCUGGACAGACGUUUUAGCCAGACGGACACAGACCCCCUGUUCUGCAUAGCAAGUGUGCUUGACCCCCGAUACAAGGAUAAUUUCUUUGAUGGUGACAAGAAACAAGGAAUGAGGGAAAUGGUUCGUGCAGAAUUGGACUCGGUGGCAGACGGUGAAGUGACGAACAGAGAAGGGGCCGCACCGAGACCGAUGCGCACCGAGGCCGAGUCUGCCCCCUCACUCUCAAACAUGUUUGACGAAAUCGUCCAAGAGAACGAUCCAGAUCCUAGGCAGACGAGUGCCACUGCUCAGCAACUGGACUGUUACCUGUCAGAAGCCCUCAUCCCCAGGAGUGAUGAUCCUCUAACAUAUUGGAGGACCAAUCGAGGGCGCUUUCCUGAGUUGGCACGGAUGGCACGCAGGUACUUGGCUGCUCCAUGCACAAGCACGGAUAGUGAGAGGCUGUUCAGUGCUGCAUCGAAUGUCCUUAAUGAGAGGAGGAACCGACUGACAUGCGACAAAGCAGAGAAGUUGUUGUUCGUGAAAAAGAACAUGCCACUGUUCCUGAAGGAGGCUAACUAGACUCUAUGCUUAGGACACUGAUAAUUUGUUAUAUUGCAUGUUUAUGCAUUUGUUUGUGUUGGAAGGCUUUUGAAAUGUGUUUUAAUUAUUGUUGUUGUUUAGAAAUCAAUUUACAGAGACUUUACACUUGAUAAAGACAAAAAACAGUUAAUAUU